AUGAGUAGCAAACUUUGGGAGUUUUUCAUUCAAGAUGAUGUGGAGAGCUUUCAGCUGUUCCUCACAAAUGCGACAUUUGCGGGGCCGCGAGCUGCAGGGGGUUCUGGAGGUGCUUCCAUAGGUCCGACAACAGCCAGUUUGACAUACAAAGGUGGAAGCCCCGGAUCGAUUAUCUCCCUGUCUCCCAACCCCCAAAAGCAGAAGAAGAAUCUUGGCUUGUCCCCCGGGACAUCCGCACCUGAGCGACCGGGUUUUCAGCGAGGAAACGCCACCUUGUUGCGCGCCGAUGUCAAUGCUCGAGAUCACUAUGGCAGGACCCUACUACAUCACAUCGUUUCUUCACCAAAGGCCACCGCGGCUAAAUUCGCACAUGCGCUGCUCAAUAUUCCUUUUCUUGACAUCUAUGCGCAGGAUUGGGAGAAUGGAUGGACGGCACUCCACCGGGCCCUUUAUGCGGGCAAUGCCACAAUCGCAUUGGCAUUGAUGGAUCGGGAUCAACGUGAUGCGACCGAUUUCAGCAAAGCGGAUAAAACAGGACAGGCUGGAAGCUUGAUUAAGAUCAAGGAUCGGGAGGGCUACAGUCCAUUCGAUGUUUAUGGAGCGACCAUCACCUCUCGCGAUAUUAAACGGAUGACUUCGUCGAGGCCAUGGAAUAAUGGUCCUGUGAUUGAUCACUUUCAUGAUGCUGAGAUUGGCUCGAGUCAUGCGUCCAAUGAUGGUGAAGACAAUGAAGACGAUAUCUAUGUUCCUCGAGUUUCCCUGAAGUCAACCACGGAUUUCUCCGCCGAUGAAGUCUUUACCCUUGGUAGCAACAAGAACCUGAACCUUGGGCUUGGAGACCAGGAUGAUCGCCAGUUUCCUGAACGGGUCAUUCUGAAGCGCCCCGAACAUCUUUUGAGUCGAUUUUAUCGCGAACAUCAGGAAGAGAUGGGCCUUGACCCUGUGCUCACUGAUGAGCUGCCAUCGCUUAUUCGAGACAAGCCGAUGAAGAUCCAAAAUACUGCCAUGUCGAAAUUACACACUGCAAUCAUUACAGAUGAUCCGGAAGCAAAUCUUUUCAUCUGUGGAUUUGGACCGGGUGGUCGCUUGGGAACUGGUGAUGAAGCAACCCGGUUUACCUUUUCUUGUAUCGAGACUGGUGGACUGGCUGGCAAGAAGGUUAUGUCGGUUGCCCUCGGUCAAGAUCACACCCUGGCCGUGACCGAGUACGGCGAGAUCUUCAGCUGGGGAAGUAACAAGUUCGGCCAGCUAGGAUAUGGCCUACCCAGGACCAACAACAAGAACGAUGUUCCCACUCAGACAACACCCCGUCAGAUAUUCAACCCGUUCAAAAAGGAGACAAUCAUUGGUGCUGCGGCAUCUUCGAUUCACUCUGUUGUCUUUAGCAAUUCCGGUCUCUAUACUUUCGGUAAAAACGAGGGCCAACUCGGAUUAGUAGAUUCGGAUGCGCGAUCGCUUGAAGUUCAAACAACUCCCCGGCGGGUUGGAGCAUCCCUCUUCAACUGUCCAAUUCAAAUGGUAUCUGCUAUUGAUCAGGCUACCGCUGUGCUUUUGCAAAAUCAUGAGGUCUGGGUCUUUUCGCAAUAUGGUUACUCGAAGCUAUCGUUUCCACUUGAGGCCACUUCGAGGUUUAUCCGAGACAGCUUCAUGGCAACCAGAUAUGAUUCUUCAGUGAAUCGAAUCGUCAAGCUAACCUCCGGGGGUAACACUAUUUGUGCCUUGUCUAGCUCUGGCGACGUUUUUACUGUCCAGGUCAAUAAGCCCGAGAAUCCAUCGACUUCAACCUCCACAACAAAUCCGGCUAAAAUCCGCAACUCUUUGGCCUCACCUGUCAGAGCCUGGUCUGCCAAGCAGUCACACAUGGCUGCUAGCGAUGUGGAUGUGGGUCAAGACGGAUCUAUCAUUAUUUGCACAACAUCGGGUUCUGCGUGGAGAAAAGAGAAACGGACCAAGAAAAAAGAAGGCGCUUCCAAAGACUACAAGUUUGCUCGUAUACCGGGCCUAUCAAGAGUAGUCGCUGUGCGCAGCAAUGCCUUUGGGGCUUAUGCCGUGGCCCAGCGCGACUACAAUGUGACCAAAGAACAGGUUCAUAUUGCCCAAAGCACUCUUUUGGAUGACCUCUUACCCCUCUCUCCAUUUGGGCUCCCUGCCCCAGAUGGCGUAGAGACAAUGUUUGAUGACGAGAGCAGUCUGGUUAAUCCCAUGGAGAUGUCUUGUGCAGCAGCUAUCAAGAGAUCUAUACUUUUGUCUACAAAUAUGGAAGAGGAAUAUCUUUCAUUGCGUACUGAGGGAACUGUUUGGAUUACCAGCUCUGUAUCUGAUGCACGGAUUGCUGUACACGAGUUCUUGCUGAGUGGACGCAGCCCCGUUCUCAGGAAAGCACUCCAGGAGUUCCGGUCAUCGUAUUACUCUUCUGUUCCUGAAAUUCUGGAUAUUGAAUACGGCAAGGAUGGCCACAUGCAGGUUCAGCUUCACGGUGUUGAUUUCCUCACUGUUUUGAACCUAGCACUCUUUUUUUAUACCGAUAAUGUUCUCGAUGUGUGGCACAAAGUGAAAAUCUCGCCUCAAAAUGCCACUCGAUAUCGGCAAGUACGCACUGAGGUGAUGCGAAUUGCCCUCCAGCUCGGCCUGCCAACCCUUGAACGUUCCGCAAGAUUAAUGCUUGACCCCGAGCCAAGCCUGAAAGAUGAUAUGGCCCUUGCCAUCAACCAUAGCUCAUUCUUUGACGAUGCCGAUGUGGUUGUUCAGCUGAGUAAUGGUGAUACUGUCAAAGUACAUAGCCAGGUGGUGUGCCAAAGAUGUCCAUUUUUCGAUGCACUAUUCCAUGGCCUCUCUGGUGGCCGUUGGCUUGCUUCACGGCGGGUGAAUCGGUCAGAUACCGUUCAUGUUGACCUGAAACAUAUCGACCGAUCCAUUUUCCUUUUCGUUCUGCGCUACAUGUAUGCAGACACCGAAGAGCAGUUGUUCCAUGAAGUGCGGACCAAGACUCUUGAUGAUUUCAUUGAGUUACUCCUUGACGUGACCUAUGUUGCGAAUGAAUUGAUGAUUGACAGAUUAUCACAAAUUUGUCAAAAUAUGCUUGGUCGAUUUGUCAACACUCGCAAUAUCUCAUAUCUUCUUAACUCUGUCUAUCCUAUAUAUAUGGGAGAAUUCAAACAGGCAGCCCUUGAGCAUAUCUGUCUCGACCUCGAGUCUAUGCUUACGAACAGAUAUCUCAAUGGCCUUGAUGAUGAUCUUCUUUCUGAGCUUGAUAAAGUAUGUCAAGAAAAUCAAAUGGCUUCCUACCCUAUCUCUCGAGGGCGCAAUACCGAAGCAUAUGUGCUCGAGAAAUACCCGGAAAUUGUCAGCUCGAUAAAAUCCGACCAGCAACGACGAAUUGACGCAAUGGCAUUACAAUCCCGCCUCAGUCAAAUUGAGUCAAAUGACGUCCGAUCUCGGGCGUCUACUAACGAAAAGUCCAAUGCUUCUCCUUCUGUUCGUAAAACAAGGGCCAGUGUGUCUAGAGAGAUCACUAGUCCCGUCACUAGCCCUAUGCUGAAGCCACAACAGUCUACGGGAGAUCUUAUGUUCCAGAUGGAUGACGAAGCCCCGCUUUCUACACCUGAUGGCAAGGGAAAAUCAGCCAUGCGUGGUAUUAGAUUUAGCGAAGAUAGGGGCCGAUCUUACCCAAACUCUCCGGCGUUGGGGGCAAGCAUCUCGGAGGCUGAGUCGCUUGGAGAUCGAAGUUUUUUGGACCAACAAAUGUCUUCUCCGCGUGGCCCUUUGCUUGCUGAGUCUCCGACCGAAUCUCGAGCCAUUGCCAUGCACCAAAAGCGGGGAGCGUCAUUGGCUUCGCCAACUGAUGUAUCUGCGGCGCCUUGGAGUUCACCUAUCAUUUCUGAUGGAAAGAGGAACCUGGAAGAUAUCAUGGGCGAAACAUCCCAGUCUCGUGUAUCCAAUCUCACGCUGGGCAUGGCAGACAGAAGAGAAAGUAGUGGAAAUUUCACGCCGAAGAUCUCUCAAAAGGAACGGAAGAAGAUGCAGCAACAACAAAUGCAAGAAAGAUUGGCAGCACAGCAGAAAACCAAGGACGCUCCAUCGAAUCCAUGGCAAAUGCCGACGUCCGCUGCGUCGAGUAUGCAUGGCAGAUCUGACCCUAUCCCAAGCCAGAGCGGGCCCAGUACGCCGGCUCCUGAGCUUUUCAAGACCCCUCAAAAGCCCUCCAUGACUCUCCGGCAAACUGUGGCUGGCACGCCACCACCUCGGUCACAACCAGUGGCUACACCAGUUCAGACCCAGAGCCGUAAAGUCUCGACCAAUCUCCCGCAAUCUUCUUUCUCAAAAUCCUCUCCCUCUGGACCUCCCACCUUAUCCCCACAGGCUGCUCCCAAACCAUCGCCCCAGCCUAGCAUUCAAUCUAUCCGCCACAUCCCACGUCCCGAUGCCCAUCUUCUCUCUCCAUCUUAUGGGUCAUUCUCUAUUGCAGCCAUCUUGGAGCAACAACAGGCUGAGAAAGACGAGAUUCGGGAGGCAGCCACGGCCAAGCAUAACAUGGAAGAUAUCCAGGCCGAGCAGCAGUUCCAGCAGUGGUGGGAUCAGGAAAGCAAGCGUGUACAAGGCCUUCAAGACCCUCCUGAGCCCGAAUCAUCGCAGCAGCGGACCGGAAAAGGUGGUCGUGGUGGUAAAGCCGCCGGCGCACCUGGAAAUACACGCAAGCGUCGUGGAAAUAGGAGCGCGGCUUCUGAUGGUGCAGACUCUCGGAGCCAGAAGCAAACCCCGGCUCCGGCUACGGGUCGUGCUACGCCCAAGAAGAAUACGAAUGGCUCUGCCUCGCCACAACCGCAAUCAAAUGGAAGCGGAAAUCAUGUCGCUACCGGCGGACAGGGGAGAAAUUCUCGUCGAGGGGGCCCUGCCAGUCGUGGCAAAGGGCGGGAUAGUGGAUAA